AUGAUGGUGGUCAUGGUGAACACUUACCAAGGGCUUACUUACCAUGGGCCAACCAGUGUUCCCAGCAGAAGGAAUCUUGCAAAGAAAUACCAACCUAAAAAGAACUCGAAGGAGGAAGAGGAAUACAGGUAUACAGCAUGUAAAGCCUUCCUUUCCACCCUGAACGAAAUGAACGAUUACGCCGGGCAGCACGAAGUUAUCUCCGAGAACAUGACCUCACACAUCACCGUGGAGCUAGCCCGCUACGUCCAGGAACUGAAGCAGGAGAGGAAAUCGAACAAAAACUCGGGGCGCCUGGCCCAGCAGCACUGGGAGUGAUGCCCCAGGGCUCUUAAAACCGAGAAGCGUGGCCUCGAAAGAGAGACAAGGAAGGAGAUGGAAAGAGCCCGAAUGUCCAUUGAUGGAUGAAUGGAUAAAGAUGUGAACCUGACUCGAGGAAACGUUUUAAAAGCACGUCAGCAAGCUCAAGUACGUCACCAAAUGGCCGAGGACAGCAGAGCCGAUUACUCGUCAAUUCUCCAGAAAUUCAACCACGAGCAGCACGAAUAUUACCAUACUCACAUCCCCAACAUAUUUCAGAAAAUACAGGAGAUGGAGGAAAGGAGGAUACUGAGGAUUGGGGAGUCAAUGAAGACCUACGCCGAAGUUGAUCGGCAGGUGAUUCCGAUCAUUGGGAAAUGCUUGGAUGAAAUAGUAAAGGCGGCCGAAUCGAUUGAUCAGAAGAAUGAUUCGCAGCUGGUCAUAGAAGCUUACAAGUCCGGCUUUGAGCCUCCCGGGGACAUUGAAUUUGAGGAUUACACUCAGCCGAUGAAGCGCACUGUGUCAGAUAACAGCCUCUCGAAUUCCAGAGGAGAAGGCAAACCGGAGCUCAAAUUUGGUGGCAAAUCCAAAGGAAAGUUGUGGCCCUUCAUCAAAAAAAAUAAGUCUCCCAAGCAGCAAAAGGAACCCCUCUCCCAUCGCUUCAACGAGUUCAUGACCUCCAAACCCAAAAUCCACUGCUUCAGGAGCCUAAAGCGUGGGACUCAGUCUUUCUGUUUUCACAAAGAACUCAUGAAGAGGACGAUAGGGAAGCCCACGUAUGCUUUUGAAGCUAGGGACUAUGUUCUUUCUCUCAAGCUGACCUGUGCCGUCCCAGAUGCCAUCACAAAAAUGAAAGAUGUUUACCUAAAGAAUCCUCAGAUGGGAGACCCAGCCAGCCUGGAUCACAAAUUAACAGAAGUCAGCCAAAAUAUAGAAAAACUGCGGCUAGAAGCCCAGAAAUUUGAGCUGCCUCAGUGCCUUUGCUUCUACGUCUCCGAGGUGAGGCGAGCUAGAAGCGGUGUUGCUGUGUGCUUUGCUUUCUUGAGCAGCCCGGAUGGCAGUUACACGGAGGAGCAGAGUCAGGAGAGUGAGGUGAAGGUGCUGGCCACGGAUUUCGACGACGAGUUUGAUGAUGAGGAGCCCCUGCCUGCCAUCGGGACUUGCAAAGCCCUCUACACGUUCGAAGGGCAGAAUGAAGGAACCAUUUCAGUAGUGGAAGGAGAAACGCUGUACGUUAUAGAGGAAGACAAAGGUGACGGGUGGACCCGCAUCCGGAGGAACGAAGAAGAGGGUUAUGUCCCCACUUCGUACGUCGAAGUCUAUUUGGACAAAAAUGCCAAAGGUGCUAAGACUUAUAUUUAA